ACUCAGAGCCAAGCCUAACCAAACCAUUCCGAAACCCAAAACAAAGAAAAAGUUAUGGCCCGAAUGCUAUCGAAAACCCUACUCCUCAGCCGCUCCCUUCACCACCACCGCUCCUCCUUCUUCCGCCGCUUUUCAUCAAAGCCUGAGCUUUUCGAAAUCGAUCUGGACUCCGCGUCUUCAUCAGCCACCGCCAUUAACAAAAUGGAGGAAAUCAUCCACGCCAUAGUAGUCCAGAAAUCCACCCCUGAUUGGCUCCCUUUCCUCCCGGGCUCCUCCUUCUGGGUCCCUCUGCCUCGCCAUGGUUCCAAGCGAGUUUCCGAUAUUAUUGACCAGUUGACCAAUCAACUCACUCCCGACGAGUACCUCUCUCUCACAACUGGCCGCGGCUGGCCCUGCGCCUCCUUUUUUGUCUCAGAUGGUGAGUAUGCAGAUGUUUCAAGCAUGGAUGUGAAAUUGAAAAAUCCAGAGCAGCAGGAAGAGGAAGUUGAGGUGGAAAUUUCGAUUGAUUCAGACAAUGAAUCUUCUUGACAUGCGGAUGAUUAUGAUGAUCCUACUGAAUAAUUUCCAUCUCCCGCAACAUGCUUCCUCUCAUCUCAG